GCUGAUGCCCGACCCCCAGCGCGGCCGCCGAGGCGGACCGCGGGAUUGGUGGUCCCGCCGCUGCGUCCUCACCAUGGCGGCGCCCGUGCAGCCCGCCGCGUCCUGGGCUCCCGCCGGGGUCCCCUCGGCUGUCCCGGCUAUUCGCGCUGCAAUUGCCUCCCCGCUCGGCGUGCGCUCUGGCGCUACCCGUCGCCGGCUUCCCUCUCCGCUGCGGUAAGGCCUGCCCUGCGCCCCGGACGCAGCUCUCGGCCGCUGCGCCCCUCCCCCGGCCAGGCCGGCCGGAGCCGCGCUGGGGACCGAAGCCCGGGCCCGGGUGGGGGCUAAGCCUGCGGAGGGCCUUGCAAGCCUGGGCCGAGCGCGCCGAGGUCACCUGUGUGCUGCGCCCCGGAGCGCGCCAGUCUGGACGCAGAGGAGAGACACGGUCACCCGGGACCCGCUGUGGGACGAGCGCAGCAAAGUCCGGGGAAAGCCUAGCGGGAGUCUGCAAGAGUAGCGGUUAUCGUCCCUGCCUUCCCCGGGGCCAAAUCCUCGAGCGACCGGGUCAGUUUGUCAAAGUCAUGUAGGACACUGUAGACCAUGUGAAGAUGGGGCUCCUGGUGUUUGUACGCAACCUGCUGCUAGCCCUCUGCCUCUUCCUCGUCCUGGGAUUCCUGUACUACUCUGCCUGGAAGCUUCACUUACUCCAGUGGGAAGACUCCAAUUCAUUGCUUCUUUCCUUUGACUCCGCUGGACAAACACUAGGCACAGAGUAUGAUCGGCUGGGCUUUCUCCUGAAGCUGGACUCUAAACUGCCUGCUGAGCUAGCCACCAAGUACGCAAACUUUUCUGAGGGAGCUUGCAAACCUGGCUACGCUUCAGCCCUGAUGACUGCCAUCUUCCCCAGAUCCUCCCUGUCUCAUCUCCCACUCAGAUCCAUGUUCUCCAAGCCAGCACCCAUGUUCCUGGAUGACUCCUUUCGCAAGUGGGCUAGGAUCCGGGAGUUUGUGCCACCUUUUGGGAUCAAAGGUCAAGAUAAUCUGAUCAAAGCCAUCUUGUCAGUCACCAAAGAAUACCGCCUGACCCCUGCCUUGGACAGCCUCCACUGCCGCCGCUGCAUCAUCGUAGGCAAUGGAGGGGUCCUUGCCAACAAGUCUCUGGGGUCGAGAAUUGACGACUAUGACAUUGUGGUCAGACUGAACUCAGCACCUGUGAAGGGCUUUGAAAGGGACGUGGGCAGCAAGACCACCCUCCGCAUCACCUAUCCCGAGGGCGCCAUGCAGCGGCCUGAGCAGUACGAGCGAGACUCUCUCUUUGUCCUCGCCGGCUUCAAGUGGCAGGACUUCAAGUGGCUGAAGUACAUCGUCUACAAGGAGAGAGUGCCCUUUCCAAGCAAGGCCAAGUGCAGGCAGUGUCAGAGUGCCUCCGACGGCUUCUGGAAGUCCGUGGCCACUCGAGUGCCCAAGGAGCCCCCCGAGAUCCGCAUCCUCAACCCCUACUUCAUCCAGGAAGCUGCCUUCACUCUCAUUGGAUUGCCCUUCAACAACGGCCUCAUGGGCAGAGGGAACAUCCCUACCCUCGGCAGUGUGGCAGUGACCAUGGCACUCCACGGCUGUGAUGAAGUGGCCGUCGCAGGCUUUGGCUACGACAUGAACACGCCCAAUGCACCCCUGCACUACUAUGAAACUGUGCGCAUGGCAGCCAUCAAAGAGUCCUGGACACACAACAUCCAGAGAGAAAAAGAGUUCCUGCGGAAGCUAGUGAAAGCGCGUGUCAUCACUGACUUGAGCAGUGGCAUCUGAGUGGGCCCAGCACUGGGCCAGAGAGGCUCACGCCAGGAACAAGCAGCUGCCACCUGCACAGGAGUCUUCCAACCCAGAGAAGGACAGUGCCAAGGGGCCCAAGGGCCAGGGAGGCCUUGGCAAGGCAACCAGAGCUGUGCCUGCUUACAGGUCGGCUUCAGAGACCAGCACUCUGCCUCGCAGCCCGGGUCGGUGAAGCCAGAGGGCCAGGAGGCCACUGGCUGUGGCCAGCAGGCCCAGCAUGGAGGAGGUGGGACAUGCGGUAGCAGGAGUGCUGCCGGAAUCAUUUCUCUAAUCAGUGUUUGGUGUAUUAUCAUUUCGUGAACUUGGGUGUGGGGAGGGGAGGGAUAAUUUAUUUUUAAAUAAGAUGUCACCUUCAGUCCACUUGUUGUGCAGAAAGAGGUCCACUAGAGGGCCCAUCAGGCAGUGGCACCGGUGAGCUCCCUGAAGGAUGGAAGUGGGAAGACCAUGCUUCAGGGCCGCAGGGAGGUGGGUAGCAUGGCAUGUCAGCCAUCUCCAGCUCAUGACACUCUUUGGCCUUCCCUGGGGAGAAGAUGGAGUACUCCCUCUCACCAGGCCCCAGCGUCCCACAGGGGAACCCCAGAGCCAUCCCUUUAAAGCCAACAGGAACAGCUCUUGGACAAGAGCAGAGAGAACUCAGGAGGCAAAGCCUAGCCCAGCCUGAGGGGAAUGGCUCCCCUCCAUAGCUGUCCCUGAUCCAUGGGGCAAUGCUCCUUCUUGGACUGAGCAACUGUCAGAUGGUCUGGGCUUCUUGAUGAGACUGUCAGCUCCAUGGGUCCUACCCAUGACCAGAGGGGAGUGAGGUUCAAGGACCCUACCCAGGCUGCAGCAGCCACCCCAGGCAACCAUCACGGAAGCAAUAAAGCUCUCCCUUGAAUAUGG